CCCCAAUUGGGAUUUUCGUGAUUCGAAUCGACGCGGGACGUCGCGUUUUCCACAUCCAGUCGGCGCAUCCGUCCUCUGUCUGCACGAGCGAGACAAAAGACGGCAACUGCGAAUGGUGGGGGUCUCGUCGAGGUUGUAUCAAUCCUCGGGAGGGGUCGAGCUUGGAGCGCGCUAUUUCGUAUCGUGCCGCUUUCGUACCCACACGUGUGUGCCCCGGAAACAUGCUCGACGUGACCACGCGACCGGACUCUACCGGAAUCCAAUAAAAAAAUUUCUCAACGAAAGAAACUAAAGAAAAACAAACCAUAUAAUACACAAGAGAAUUUACUUACAUCGAAGAGAUUGUUUUUAUCGUAAUUUUGAUAACCUACCUGUGAAGAACUGUUAGAAGAACUCUUGGUAGCAGCGAAGGUGUGCUGUUGUGUGACUUGUGCUGUUUUUUUAUUAUUUUUUUCUUCUUUUUGUUUGGGGAUAAAUACUUCCAAAUAAGGGAGAAAGAGAGAAACAAACGCGGACAAAUACAAUUUUUUCUGUGCUUUCGCAUCAGUGCUGAUUUCCAAUUGAAUUGAAAAUAGACAAAAAAAAAAAGGACUAUAUAUAUAUAAAUCUAUAUAAGUUUACGUAAGGUGGUUAUUUUGCCCACGUGGACUACCCGCACUACAUCAUCCUGGAACAUUUAAGGCCUAUCGUGUCCUCGAUCAACACCCUCAACGGUUCUUGUGGUGAGAAUAUGGAGGCAACCUACUGCGUCGGAAGCGAUGUAGAUGUUUGCAGGAUGUUUGAUCAGUACUUAUACAAGAGAACCGAAAACGUUGAUUUGUCACUGAGCAUACCGAACUCGAAUUUCCCCAAUAACGGCUACGACAUGAGUGACCAGACUUUUCAUACGCCCAGCUUCGGGGACGAAGAGUUCGAUAUACCAGCCAUCAAUCCCCAACAACAGCAGCAGCAGCAGCAGCAGCAACAGCAGCACGGAGGUGUUCCUGCCGAUCAGCAGAACAUGAACUAUCAACCUCCGCCGCAGAUGAACAUGCAACAGGAGAGCAUGGGCAUGCACGAUCCGACCGGCGGAUACCAGCAGCCGCUGUACCUUUCCGGGCCGGACCAUGGGAUGGUCAAUCCGUCUUACCACAGCCCUCAGGCUAACUACAACAUGAGUCCGACACAGCAGCAGCAGCAUAAUAAUCAGCUGCUUAUGAUUCAACAGCAGCAACAACAACAGCAGCAACAGCAGCAACAACAGCAACAGCAGCAACAACAACAACAACAGCAGCAGCAGCAGCAACAUCAUCAGCAGCAGAUGAUGAUGGGACACCCUCAGCCACCUCCCGGCACCAAUAUGGGACAAUACGGGACAUCCCCGCAGCAUCCUCAAGGAAGAGGGAACAGUCCUCCUGCUCCUGGACAAGAACCUACGACAAGCGAAGAUAGCGAUGACAGCACUCCACAUCCAGCUAUGAUGACGGCGAUGAAGAGGCCUUCGCCGGAGCCGACCGAAUCGUUGGCCAAGGUUCAGAAGAAGCCCAAGGUCCAGAAGAAGAAGAAGAAGAGGGACCCGAACGAGCCACAAAAGCCCGUCUCGGCUUACGCACUGUUCUUCCGCGAUACUCAGGCAGCCAUAAAAGGACAGAACCCGAACGCAAGUUUCGGCGAAGUGUCGAAGAUCGUUGCGUCUAUGUGGGAUGCCCUGGAUUCGGAGCACAAGAACGUGUACAAGAAGAAGACGGAGGCGGCGAAGAAGGAGUACUUGAAGGCAUUGGCAGCGUACAGGGCGAGUCUCGUGUCGAAGGGUGCCGGAGAAGGUGAAGGCAUGUAUGGUGGCUACGGAAACUACAAUGCUGGUGGACCCCAGUACGGAGGAUACUCUCCGCAGAACACACUCCCAUCACCACCAAUGUCCUCGACAGCAACGUCUCCGAGCCAGCAGAGCCCCCACGUCAAGAAACCGCCCAUGAUGACGAACAUGAACAACCAGCAACAUCCGAGCAUGAUCCAAUCACCAAUGGGCCAGGUGCCAAAUCACAUGAGCAUGCCGCCACACAUGCAGCAGCAGCAACAACAACAUAGUAAUAAUUACAUGCAACAGGUUCCUCAGCCGCAACAAGUUCCACCCCAGCAUAUGCAGCAGCAGCAACAUGUCAGUCCCCCCCCAAUGGUUUCAAGCAGCCCCCCGGCCUCAGCACCUGCACCUACAGUGCCCACGUCCGUACCACAGCAGUCGCAGAUGCGACCUGCUAACUCCUGCAUCCGCCAUGGCUGCCCCAAUCCUGCCAUCGCCAACGCCGAAUGGGAGGACGAGUAUUGCAGCAAUGAAUGUGUAGUCAGCCAUUGCAGGGAUGUAUUCUCGAAUUGGGUAGCCUCAAAUCAAAAUCAAUCGCAAAAUUUCUCGACGGUUAAAUAAAUUUCAAUUUAGUAUAUAGUGAUGAGACGUCGAGCGGAGAUCGUUUUUUUCUUUUUUUUUUUUGGAGAUUGGAGGAAAUCUGUUAAGAAAAAAAAAUAAUUAAAAAUAAAUAUUAAAAAAAUUAUUAAUAAUGAUGUAAGGAAUUAAAGUUUUUGUAUUCUAUGAGACGGAGGAUGAUCGAAAACGAAAGGCAGGAGAGGAAGUUAAAGUAAAAAGAAAACAAUUGUAGCAAUAUUGAUAAUAGUUUUAUUACGUAUAGAAGAUGCAACUGAAAUGGAAGGGUUGAUGAAUACAAAGUGAAAUAUAUAUAUAAAUAUUAUUAUAAUAAUGAUAAAAGCGUGCGAGGAGAUGAAGGGUGGGUGUGUGUGAGAAAGAUUUGUAUAUGAUGUGCGUGGAUAGGAAUAAUUAACAUGAAACAAAAAAAAGAAUAUGUGAAGAUGUUACAUAUAUAUAUAAAUUACAAGAAAAAAAAUUACAAGUGAGUUAUAUAAAUGUGAGACAAGAUAUUGAAUCGUUGUAAAUAAAUUAUAUUUAGAGAUUGGAUUCAAUGUUGUCCCAUCCGACAAAUGCAUCUUCAACUCUAUUAAACACACACACACUAUAUAGGUAUACAAAUUGAUGAAUUGAGAAGAUUGUAAUAACUUUCUUAGCAUUAACAUUAAACAAAACAAAAAAAAAAGUAUAUUAAUAAAAUGUAUUAUAUAUAAAUAUAUAAAUGAAGGAAACCAAUUGUUAAUCAUCAGUGCUAUAUUGUACAAUGCAUGUGUACUCCGUUUCCACGAAUGGAAAUGGAAACUAAUAAUGUUUAGUUAGAAUAUUUACCCAAUUAACAAACAAAAACAAAA